GGUUGCAUUUUUUGUCAUUCUACCUCAAGCAGUUGAGUACCUUUAGAAUCAUUACCAGGAAAACUGCUGUCUUCAGGAAAAGCCACUGAAUUAAUGGGCCUGUUUUAGUAUUUUUCUACAGUUGCUCUUUGGGUUACCUUAAGGAGUUCCCCUCUCAACACUUUCUUUUAUGCAUAUAUGCAAAAGCUAGUCCUGUUAACUAGUUUCUAGCAACUUUAUGUGGCAUCAAAAGAUUUUCUCAAUUCUUGGAAAGGACAAAGCUCUUCCAGAGCCAGCUCCACCUUAUUCCUCUCCAUGCAGACAUGUGCCUCCCGGCCUACGUGCCCUGUGCACCACCGACAAGAUUGAACCGGGGUCCUGGAUCCAUGCAGCCUUAAUUCUCAGUACGGCCUUAACGAGGGCUGCUUUGCUAUAACUGGGUGGCAGCCUCCUUGUGAUUUUAUUCGGUAAUUCCUGACGCAGAACUGUACCCCUCUAGGGAAGGCUACAUCUUGCUUCUGAGCCUCCUUAAAUACACAACGUGGCUGAAGGGUGACAUCCCUGCGGUUUCGGGGUGGAGAUGAGGGGCGCCUGCUAGUUCCUGCGUGAGGGGACUGGAUAAAACUCUAUCUGGAGAAGAGCUGGAGUCAACGACUAGGGGUGAGAGGCUGGCUGGCAGAUCCAUGCUCCAAAGCCCGGUGGGGUUUGGAUUUGGUACCUUAAGUGACCGCGUCAAGGCAGCGAAUCCGGGCCCUCGUGCGUCCCUAGUUUCCUAUCAAGCGUUAAUUUCUCGCGAGAGGCGGGGCGGGGCAUGCGGCGCGCGCCUUGCUGUCAAUCAGGUGCCGGCGCACUUUCCCGCGUUCGCUGGCUCUGGGGGCCGGGUGGAGUCCCAGCAGGCGCGGGCGCGGGAGAUUCCGAAAUCCGCCGCCAUGUCGGUGACGGUCCCCGGCUACUCGCCCAGCUUCAAAAAGCCCCCAGAGACACUGCGACUCCGGCGGAAACGGGCCCGAAACCCUGCGGACCCUGGAGCAGGAGCCGCCGUCUCCCCGGCGGGUCCGACCGACCUCGGGCCCCGCCGAGCCGCGCUGGCGGCCGGCCUCCGCCUUCGCCCUUUCCCCUCCGCGGGGAGCAGGAGCGGAGGAGUCGCCACGGCUUCCCUUCGGAGGAACCCCUUUGCCCGCUUGGACAAUAGCCCGCGGCCGACCGUGGGGCCAGGGCCCGUCGCCGACCCUACGUGGCCGCCGGCCAGCCCCCUGCAAGACACGGGGGAGCCAGUGAGUGACCCUUCUUCGCCAGUUGUCCCCUCAGAGGUUUUAGAUUUUCAUCAAGAAAAUAAUAUGAUCUGGAAAGAAGAGUUUUCCGAAAGAACAACAGUUAAGCAGUUAUCCAUGACUCCUCAUCACCAGCACUCCAAAUACGAUAUUCCAUCCUCAGAAAGUGUUGAGUUUCCUGUGGAUUGGAGUAUUAAAACUCGCCUCCUCUUUACCUCUUCCCAAUCUUUUACCUGGGCAGAUCAUUUGAAAGCUCAGGAAGAAGCGCAAGGCCUUGUCCAACACUGCAAGGCAACAGAAGUUCAUCUACCUGACAAUAUGCAGGAUCCACGACUCUCCACUGAGCUUCGAUGUGCAUUCCAACAGAGCCUUAUUUAUUGGCUUCAUCCCUCCCUGCCAUGGUUACAACUUUUUCCACGUAUUGGAGCUGACAGAAGAAUAGCUGGGAAAACGAGCCCAUGGUCAAAUGAUGAGGGGCUACAACAAAUUUUAAUGAGUGAAUGGUCCAUCAGCUUCACUUCUCUGUAUAAUCUACUGAAGACAAAACUUUGUCCCUAUUUCUAUGUUUGUACCUAUCAAUUUACUGUGCUGUUUCGUGCAGCAGGGCUAGCAGGAAAUGAUGUAAUUACAGCUGUCUUGUCACCCACAACCAGAGGUUUAAGAGAAGCUAUGAAAAAUGAAGGUAUUGAAUUUUCUUUGCCUUUAAUAAAAGAAAAUGGCCAACGGAAACAAAAAGUAUCUGAGACAAGUCUGCAUGUAGCAGAGAGUGAAUAUAAGACAGAACCAGAGGAGGAACAACUUAUCAGUGAUGAGGAUGAAGAGGAAAGUUUUUCCUGGCUGGAAGAGAUGGGUGUACAGGAUAAGAUAAAAAAACCAGACAUCUCUAUCUCUCUCAAGCUUCGUAAAGAAAGAAAUGAAGUGCAAAUGGAUCAUAGACCUGAGUCUAUUGUACUAGUAAAAGGACUUAACACCUUUACACUACUAAACUUCUUGAUAAAUUGCAAGAGUUUAGUUGCCACCUCAGGUCCUCAGGCAGGACUUCCACCAACACUGUUGUCCCCAAUAGCUUUCCGAGGUGCCACAAUGCAAAUGCUCAAGGCACGAACAGUAAAUGUGAAGACACCAGUUUAUUCUGGUUAUAAAGAUCAAUUUAGUUUGGAGAUUACAGGCCCUGUCAUGCCUCAUUCUCUGCAUUCAUUGACUAUGCUGCUCAAAUCUGCACAAAAGGGAUCUUUUUCUGCAGGAUUAUAUACUCAUGAACCAACAUCUAUAUUUAACACAUGUACUCAAAUGGAAAAAUUACCAAACAAGGAAGGCCUUGAAAAGGAGCUUGCUAAUUGUGGACUGCAUCUUAAAACUCUAAGUCAACUUACCCAGUUACCAAUACUAGGAAAAUCAUCUUUACGAUACAUGGAAAUGGAUAAUUACAUUUGUAAUUGGAGGUCUUGAAACAAGUGGAACAAGAUUAACUGCCAACUCUUAAGAAACAUCUUCCCAAAAGAAACCUGUUUCAAAGUGCUUAUCUCAGGUUUUGUAAGAAAGGAAUUAAGGUAUUAAGGAACCAAUGUAAGAGACACUUCACUCCCUAGUCUGAUCAUACCUCCAAAUGUGAAGAAAUGUUUUGUUUGUCCAUAAUAGAUGUAGUUUGAAAAUACUUUGAUGUGAUGACGUUCUGAGAAAACUACCUCAUGAUGGAUUUUGAUGAGGACUGUACACUCAAAAUCAUUUCAAAGUUGUUUUUAUUAACACUAAUGGUUCCUACAUUUCUAUUUUUAUCCUAGAAAAUUUAAGUAGGAAUUUUUCUAUAACUUUUGCCAAAAUAUCUGCUUGAGAUGAAUUUCAUGUAGUGUGUGUAUGUUUUUAUGAAAUAAAGUUAUUUCCUCUUCAGUGGGUACAAGUGAUAAUGUAAUCUGUUAUUGCAGCUGAAAAAAUUAAGAAAAACACCACAUUUAUUCCAGAAGUU